GAACGCUCGAACCCAAAACCGGCAAGGUGGCCUUCCCCCCUUUUAUAUUCCCAUUCUGCGCGACUGUGCGAUAGUGUGAGUGUGUGUGCGUGUGUGUGUGUUUGGGUCUCCCACCGUUCCCGUUGAGAUUCCCGCGUGGUGACACACUAGCCUCGUGACGUCUAUCCGGGUGUGCUCGAUUAGAAAGUAGUGUGACGUCCGUCUGCGCGUGUGACAGCUACCCAAGGCGCCGUCAAACGGCGUGCGGCGUUGCCAGCAGUCCUUCAUUACAAACCAAAAAAAAAGUGCAUUCGUGUUUGUGUACAUGUUGAUGCCGUUGCCGGUGCAUCCUUCCGGACCUGCCCGCGUACGUCGCGCGUUGGGACAUUCGGUUGCUCCCGCACACGGUCCGCGCCGGUGCGAUUUUUCCAGACGCUAAUUUUUCGCCGAUCUGUCUUGCAUCAAUCCACACCUUCCAAAACCACCACCGCCGCCGCCGCACCACCACCAACAUCUACCAACACCAAAGCAAUACAGCGUACCUUCAAUCAACAGUGCGCGCCACAAGCAAAACCAUUUCCCGAAGACACCGACGAACAGUCAAACGGAGGGCGCGGCGAGAGGGCGAGAAAAAAAAUCACGCACGAAAGAAAAAGAAAAUCCAUUCACGCGUGCAAGAAAGGGGUGGUAAACCUUCACCCGGCCGUGGUUUUUUCGAUGACGUCGUGUGGUAGGUGCACGUACCAACCAGAUCCAGCGCACCGUACCCGGCAGCGACGUUCCGCGACGACGUGGCGCAGUUAGCCGGUCCGUCUUCUACGGUGGUUGCAAAUGGAAGUGCUAUUCGAGCGUGUCAAGCGGACCACUAGCACGGCGACCACCGGCACUGUUGCUGCCAGCAGCCUACACACGGACAGCGGCAACGGUGUGCAUCGGGUGCGCAAGUGGCGUUACGGGCAACCGCGACGGCAGCGGCGCCGUCGGAGACGCGUACCAGGCGUAGAACCACCGUCGGUGUGUGUUCGGACCGCCCGGUACCGGUACCGGAAAACCACACACUGCCUAACGCCCUCUACCGUACCAGCGGCAAGGUGGAAUUCGUGUAUGCCAUAGUUUGAAGCAGCACCAGCAAACGCCAACAGUGAUGAACAGUGGUGGAGAGUGGUGCGACCAGAGUCUGCAAGAGACUCUUUACAUAUCGAGACUUGGAACGAAUAGUAGCCGGCGAAGGUAGUGAACCGAACCAAACGGAGACAGUAUCGUGUGGUUGUAAAUAUUCCUAAAGUUACUGUGAACAAACAUAAAUACGGUUGUGAUCUAGUGGCAGUGGAACUGUGCAGUGCGCAUACAAUCCUCAAGGACUCUAGACGAAAAGCAUAGGGGAAAGCUCUCUCUCUCUCUCUCGUUAUUUUUUCUUCUUCUCUCUAAUACUCGUAUCAACUGCACUCCUCGAAUCACUACCGGUACCGGUCGUUCGUGGGGGGCUGACGGCGAUGGGAGUGAUCAGUAUGACACAGCGGAAGAAGAUUCUGUACGGACUAUUCGGCAUCAUUGUGGGACUGUGUAUCGGUGCACUGCUCCGUAACUAUCGGACGCUCGAGAUUGUCAGCAUGUGCAACACCAUCAACAGCAUGAAGCAGAAAUCGGCCUUAGACAUCAUUGGACUGCAGCCGUCGGAGCUGCCCACCAACUCCCAGAACAACCUCGUGUUUGUCGGUGUGAUGACGGCAAAGGACUUCCUGCAGGGCCGGGCCCGGGCCGUGUACGAGACGUGGGGUAAGCGAGUGCCGGGCAAGAUAGCAUUCUUUAGCUCGCAGGAUUCGGUCGCACCGGAUCUGCCGCUCGUUGCGCUCAAAGGCGUGGACGAUCGGUAUCCGCCGCAGAAGAAGAGCUUCAUGAUGCUGCACUACAUGUACGAGCACUAUAUCGAUCGAUUCGAGUGGUUUGCUCGGGCAGACGAUGACGUCUACAUACGCACCGACCGGUUGGAGAAGUUUCUCCGCUCGAUCGACAGUUCGAAGCCGCAGUUUAUCGGGCAGGCCGGGCGGGGCAACAGCGAAGACUUUGGGCUGCUAUCGCUCGAGUUCGACGAGAACUUCUGCAUGGGUGGACCGGGCGUGAUCAUGAGCCGCGAAACGCUGCGCCGUGUCGCACCGCACAUACCCACCUGUCUGAAAAAUCUCUACAGCACGCACGAGGACGUCGAGGUGGGCCGGUGCGUUCAGAAGUUUGCCGGCAUUCCGUGCACCUGGAACUAUGAGAUGCAGUCCAUUCUCCACCACAACUCGAGCGGUAACCGAGCGUUCUCCGGUAACCUGAAGAGCAAGGAAGUCCACAGUGCAAUCACGCUGCACCCGGUAAAGAAGCCGGCCUUCAUGUACCGGUUGCAUGCGUACAUGCUUGGUCUACAGGCGCAGGAACUGCGCCAAGAGUCACUACUGCUACAUCGUGAUAUCUCCCAGAUGACGGCAUUGUUGCAAAUACCGCGCAUCAACAAAAACCUAGCGCCCGGUGUGCCGAUCUUCCCCGAGGAUGAAACCAGCACCGGCUAUCUCGGCGAUCAUAAUGUGCUCGGUGCAACUCCAGAUCUGAACAGACACCGACCACGCACGCUGGACGAGGUGAUAGAGUGGGACUUUAUCGCGAAGAGCCUCUACUCUGGGAUGCACCCGAACCCAAAGCGUCGCACUGAGUCAUCGCUCAAGGAAGGUCUCACUGAUGUGGUUCGGGAGAUCAUGGAGCACAUCAAUAACUUCUCGCGACAGCGUGGCCGUGUGAUCGAGUUCCGGGAACUCCUCUAUGGGUAUAUGCGCGUCAACAGUCUGUACGGGCAGGACCUCAUACUGGAUCUACUGCUGGUGUACAAGAAGUAUCGCGGCAAAAAGAUGACGGUGCCGGUACGGCGACACCUGUACAUACAGCGCUCGUUCACGGAGAUUCGUGUCCGGGAGAUCGUCGACGGUGUGGUGCCUAGUCAAGCGGUGACGUCUAGUCCACGGGUGUCACCAAGCACCGACACCACGCGACACUUUAGCAAUGCGACCGGUCUAGAUCGCAUCUCACACCGCGUGAAGUCACUGUUCAACGGUUUCGAGCGGUUAACGGAUACCCUCGGAAACAGCGGCAUCUCAUCGAGCACCGGUACGCGCCGGGAUAGAAUCGUGCUAGUGAUACCACUGUCCGGACGCUCGGAAACGUUUAUGCGGUUUUUGCGCAACUUCGAAGAGGUCGCACUGCGGCAGGAUGGUGCCACCGAUCUGUUGGUGUCGAUGUACGUCGAACCGGUCGAGACGCCGAUGAUUGUGGCGUUGCUGGAUAACCUUAAAGCCCGAUAUCCGGACAGCCGCAUCAACUACUCGCAGCUGUACGGGAACUUCUCGCGCGGCGUUGCGCUGGACCAUGCGAUCAAAUCGCCGCACUGCAAUCCGGAGGACAUCCUGUUCUUCAUCGACGUGGACAUGGUGUUUACGGUGCAGUCGCUCGACCGCAUCCGGCACAACGUGAUCCGCCACCGGCAGAUCUAUCUGCCGAUCGUGUUCAGCGAGUACGAUCCGCGCGCGCCCAGCACUAUCCUGUCGCCCGGCUGGCUGGCCUCGCCCACGACCGAGCGGCCGAAGAUGGCGGCCGAUACGGACCAGCCGCGCAACUUCUCCGUCCCGUACCGGAUCACGAAUGACAACGGGUACUUCCGACAGUUCGGGUACGGGCUGGUCGGCAUCUACAAGGCCGACCUGUUGCGGCCCGACCUCAAGGGGUUCAGCACCGACAUUACCGGCUGGGGCCUGGAGGACGUCAAGUUUCUCGAGAACGUGAUCGCCCUCAACCAGCGGGGCAACCAGCGGCUGCAGGCGAUUGCGGACGGCCGGUGGGAUCCGUUCGGGACCGCGGCACCAGCAGACGGAUCGGUUCCGUCACCGCCGAGCGAGGAGCUCGGCAUCUUCCGGGCGCCCGAUCCGUCGCUGGUGCACAUCUUCCAUCCCAUACAUUGUGAUACGAGCCUGGAGGAGGCCCAGUACAAGAUGUGUCUCGGCACCAAGGCGAACACCAUCGGCAGCUUCAACAUGCUGCACGACCGAUUCACCCACAGCCAGACGCUCCUAAUGUUUGCCCGCACCCACAGCCAAAACCGUGGCAACGGAUAGCCAGCUGUCCGGUUUGCUGUCACGUUAGCAGUAUCCUGUACAUAUAUACAUAUAAAACCGUUUCGAAAGUGAUUUA